AUUGUUCGAAUUCAAUUGUACGAUUUUAGUAAACAUGAUAUUCAUAUUUCGUAAAGUUUAUGACAAUUAUUGCUACUAGCUGUAUACUUAUCCGUUAUUAGACUCCCUUUCUCCCCAUUGGCUAAUCCGGUCACAUGGGUGCCUAACUUUAUUCAGUUGACAGCAAGUAGGAGGGCUUUAUGGAAGGAGGAAAAAAGACAACUCAGGAAAAAUUAGUAUUUUCUACCUUCCGAAAUUAAUGGCCAUGAGUUCGUAUAUGGUGAACUCCAAGUAUGUGGAUCCUAAAUUUCCACCUUGCGAGGAAUAUUCACAGAACAGUUAUAUCCCUGACCAGGGCUCAGAGUAUUAUAGUCCAUCGCAGAACACAGAUUUUCAGCAUCCAGGAAUCUAUUCACGGUCAAACUACAUCGAGCAUUCUUUUGGCUGUAGCACUGAUCAGGGCUCUACAGUGCAGCCGCGGGGUCAUGUGCAGGAGCAUCCCAGCCAACCGAGCCCUUUCCCCGCUCAGACUGAGCAAUGCCCACCGGUUCAAAUGUCCACCCCACGACCCUGCAACCUACAACAGAACGUCAAGAACCAAAACGCGAUGCCAGCCAAACAGCCAGCAGUAGUUUAUCCCUGGAUGAAGAAGGUUCAUAUGACUACGGUUAAUCCAAAUUAUACUGGUGGGGAACCAAAGCGAUCAAGGACUGCAUACACGAGACAACAGGCUCUGGAACUGGAGAAGGAAUUCCAUUUUAACAGGUAUCUUACUAGGAGGCGUCGCAUUGAAAUCGCGCAUACCUUAUGUCUCUCCGAACGACAGAUCAAAAUAUGGUUUCAGAACAGAAGGAUGAAAUGGAAAAAAGAUCACAAACUUCCAAACACGAAAGGUAGAACUUCAUCUGCAUCCAGCCAGCAUUUACAAACUGUGCCAAAGGACAGCCAGACUGAUAUCACAACUUUAUAGAAGC